AAAAAAAGAAAGAAGAAAAAAAAAAAAAAGAACGAAGGAAAAAAAAAAGACCAGGGAGAUUUGGAGGCAGCGGAAAAAAGGAAGAGACGAGAAAGAAAGAGAGAGAAGAAAGAAAGGCAUGAAAAGUGCCCCCAGCGUCAAAGCACGAGACAUACAAAAGUGGACGAAGUUCACUAUUUUGAUUUUUUCAUCCGCGCUAGUCUGCUCAUUCGCUCUCCACCAACGACCACCAACCCAACUUUCUCAAUCACUACUUCCCCUCCCCCACCAACCUUCUUCCUUCCUCUCCCAACUCACACCACAUCUACACUUCCCCUCCUCCUUUAAAAACACCGCCACCAUUUUUUCUCUUCGGUUCCGUACGGUCUUACGCCUCAGCACCCUCUCGAAAACCUACGUACGCUCUUACAAACAAACAUCUAGCGCAAUGGAUUUCCAGGGUGGAAACUACGGCGGAGGAGCAGCUGGAGGUCGUGCUUGCUACAACUGUAUGUCUUUCAUGAACCCCCCCUUCCCCAAAAGCGUUUCUGCUUGUCGUCAGUCAGGCAACACAAUGCCGACCGGUCGGCUCGUGUAGCCGUCGGUCCGAGCCCGUCGUUGCUUGCUGUGUUGCCACUGCUGCGGCCUCCAGCCGUGAUUUUGUUCGAUUCCGCUGCGUGCCGGGAAAGGUCAAAAAAGGUCGGACGGUGUGUGUGAGUCUCAUCUCACACCGCCCCGCACCCUCCCGCCUUUUCCGGUGUCGCUUGUCUUUUCAUUUUGUGGUGGGGUGUGGAGCUGAUUGUGACGGUGCAGGCGGCGAGUCUGGACAUCAGGUUUGCAGAGGAAACUCACUGUCCAGCAGUAUGAUGGAAGCUAACUCAUUCUUCCCCAUCAGGCUCGUGAAUGCCCCAAGCGUGGAACUCCCGUGUGGUAUGUUUGCUCCUAUUUUGAUGUUGAAGCCGAUGAUGGCACCUACCCCGCCAUGCAGGCGAGCUUGUUUUGUUUCACAGGAACGGUUUUUUCUGACAUAAGAUCCCUUGUGUAGCUACAACUGUGGUC